CGCGUGAGAACGUUUGUUCACGUGUACUUGGGAACCGCAUUUGAGCUCCAGCGCGAUGUCUAUACCUCUCGUUCCAAUCACACCACGGCGGGCCGUAGAUGACUUCACAACCCCGGAAUCGCGCGAGGCAUCUGAUGAAGAGCCAUACGGAGGCGAGGAAGAGGGAAGGUACUUUUCGGAUGCAGAGAGGCGUUUGGCAUUCAAUCCCAAUCAUGCAAGCGCAUUGCGCAGUCGACUGUUUGCCAACACAGGGCAAAAUCUUGAUAAUCCUGAUGAGCUGCAUUCUCCACUCAAACACACUAUAUACGACCUCAUGGAGGAUCCCACAUCUUCAACGGCAGCGUUCGUCGUGCAUGUCUUCACUACAUCCCUUAUCGUCCUUUCUGCUGUUAUUACCGUACUUGAGACACUCCCCCCUUUUCACUCGACGCCAAGUCUGGUUUGGUUUGGUUUGGAAACAGCACUCGUUGUUUGCUUCACCGUAGAAUAUCUCUGUCGUGCCUUUGCGCACUCGGAAACACAAUCAAGCCUAUGGAAGUGGAUGACUUCGUUUUUCUCUGUUAUUGAUCUGCUUGCUAUACUGCCUUAUUACAUCGAGAUUGCCCUCCAAGCUGAUACGAAUGAGUUCUUCCGCUUCUCCAUUCUGCGUACGUCGCGACUACUCCGCGUCUUUAGGCCAUUCAGAUACAGCAACACCAUCCUGUUGACGAUAGAAGUUAUGUAUUUGAGCAUGAAAAGGAGCAAGGACGCUCUUCUAGCGCUUGGCUUCUUCGUUCUGAUGGUUUUGAUCGUGUUUAGCACCCUUCUAUACUUUGCUGAGAGAGGCUCGUGGGAUGCGUCCCUCGACACUUUCGUGGAUUCAGACGGCAACCCAACUCAAUUUGAGAGCAUACCAGGAGCAGCAUGGUUCGUCCUUGUCACGAUAACAACCGUGGGAUUCGGCGAGAUCAUCCCGAGAACAAUCCUCGGCCGCUUCUUUACCAUUCCAUUGCUCCUCUUUGGGCUGCUGCUGAUUGCGUUGCCGUCUUUCGUCCUGGGUCGGCAAUUUUCUGCAGUAUGGGAAGCAAUGGCGGCCCGGGGGGCAGGGUGAGUCGUUUUUUACCCUCUAAAGGAAGGGCCUGACUCAGCAUUUCUUGAUGCCCACGACCCCCAACAUCAGAGUACUAACCAAUCGAGGCGU